GCCAAUUAAUCCGUUUUCAGGGUUCUCUGAAUAGGAAAAGGGCAAAUGAAUGGAAAUUUUAGGGGAGCGAUUCUCCCUUCAUGUUCUGUUUAGGAGAGCAAUUCAUAGCUCGCCUCAGGUUGCGAGGGGAGCGUGGAGGCGAGCGCGAGCUAUCGCUCGCCUCAAACGGCCAGGCCUGAUUGUAGCUAUGGUUCUCUAUAUCUGAUAUCUUUUUGCAUUGAUUUUUUAUCAAAAUUUUCAUCAAAUGGGUUAAGAAAAUAUUUCAUGUUGAAUACAAAGCUGCUGGCAAACUUUUCAUGUAUCUCCACAUUUUGAUGUACACAAUUAACAUCCUUCUACCUCAGCUAUCUCGUUUUUUACAGGGAAUCUCAAGCCAAGCAGCAGCUGUUGUUUCUCAGCCUAGUUUGCAACCAUUUGUCAGUAUUCCUGUAGAAGCACAAAUAGCAAAAUCAAUACCGGACACAAACCUAUUCCCAGUUCAACAAGCAAAUUUGCUAUCUGCCCCAGACUCAUCCUUCCAAGAGCAUGUUAGAAUGUUCAAAGAAAUGAUCAGUGAAAAGCGAAUGGGAUCUCCAAUGAAGGAUGCCCAGAAAAAGAAAACCAAAAGAGAUAAAUCUCCAGUUCAUUCAAGCGACUCAGAAUUUGACGAAAUUCUGGGGACUUAUGAAUCAAGGCAGAAAAAGGAUAAGUCUUACCAGACAUUCAAAAAGGAAAGAAGGGACCGAAAGGGGAGGACUGUCGCCCCCUCCAAAGGCAGACAGUAUGCUGAUAACAGAUACAAAACAAGGGAGGAUGAAGAGAGAAGAAUUCGGCAGGAAAAGUCUAGACAAGAUAGAGAUUCAGAGGAGAGAAGAAAGAACCGGGCAAAGAGAAAAGAAGAAAAGGAAAGAAGAAGGAAACAAAAAGAGAAAGAGAAAAAGAGGCAGGGCAAAAAGUCGAAAAAGGAGAAAGAGGAGAAAGAAGAGAAGGGGGAAGAAAAUGAUGAUCUUGGCGAAUUAUCUUCAGAUGACUUUGAGUUAGUGGCAGAUUCAGAAGAAGAGAAGAACUCACAGGAAAGCGAGGGAGAAGAACGCGCUGCUGGAGAGAACAGCAGCAACGACAACAACAAAACCGAGAAUUCUGAAGAUAAAGCUGAAACAACAUUGGAAGAAAAAAAUGCAAUACAAUUAGAUGGAGACGUUAUGAAGGAUGUUACAGAGAGCACUGCUUUGGAGAUAAGUGGUGAAGAGAAGGAGAACGAAGGAAAAGGUUUCGGAUUUCAUAUCAAGAGUUACGAAGAAAUUUUGCGAGAAAAAGCGUUAAGAAAUAUGCUAGAACGAAGACAGGCAAUGGAGAAACAGAACAAGGAGGAAAAACCGCCAGUUUCAAACAAGGAAGUAGCAAAGAAUGCAGUUUCAAACACGCCAAAAGAGAAACAGUUGAAAGCCAAAGAAAAUGAUGAAAACGAAAUUAAAGAAGAAUCGCCUGCACUAAAAGGAAAGGCAGUCAUACCUACAUCAAAAACUGAAAACGAUACCAAAAUUGAUCCUUCGAUUGACGAUGAUUAUGAUGAUGACGAGGAUGUAGGUGGAACGGCACUGAGAAGCCAAGUUGUGAAGGUCAGUGCUGCGAAGGAGGCUGAUCAGGCUGGUAGUACUACAAACGCAGAAGAUCAGAAAUCAUCAAAGACCCUUAAGGUUGUGAGGAGAGUAGCUGUGAAGGUGAAACAGAAUGAUGCUGCGCCGCAGACUUAUCCAAAGCAGGUGAAGGACAGAAAAUCAGUGGAGAUAUACAAACCCCCACCUGCUUCCACGGUCGUAGCUGUGCAAUCUAAACCCCUGUCCUCGGAUCGUAAUGGGGCAGCUACAAUCGACGAAACAAAGGACAUCUCUAGACCAAAGUUGCAGCGAUUGCAAACAGCAAGAGAAAUUAAUCAAGAAAAGGUAGCUGGAAAAGAAUCGAAUAUCGAGGCGGCCUCACCUGGUGUCAAAGUAAAGUCUUUUUCAGAGAUUAUGGAAGAAAAAAGAGCGAGAAGGCUGAAAAGAUUUGGCGAAGGUUCUGCUUCGGGAAAUUCUGGAUUAAAACGAAAGCUAAAAGCUAAACAUGAAAGUCUUGAGAAGACAAAAAGACGAAAUUCGAAUGAAGCUGCUAAAACAGACGUUUCCAAAUUAGCAUCUUCGAAAGAAAGUACAAGAACCCUUAAAGACAGUAAAGAGAGGGUUUCGGCUGAAGAUGUUUCGAAAACAGAUCGCACUUUCGACAAAUCAAGGACUAGUUUCGAAGCAGCGGAAGGACCAAAUGCCGCGAAACCAAAAAUUCUUAAACGGAGUAAUAGUAAAACAGAAUCGAAGAAAAAGAGUGGCGGGGAACAGUUACGAAAAGUCGAUAAAAAGGAAGCUGGAUUAUCAUUGAAAUCUUCACGGCCUUUGGGCAAUCGCAAGGAAACAACUAAAAGUUUGAAAUCUCCUAUCCUUAAACAACAGAAAGUUAAGAGAGAGGAGGAAAACAAAAAUGACGAUUUUGAUUUUGACGAUCUCGAUGCUAUUGAUUUAGAUAUUGGUGUUGAAGUUGAAGAUUUGCCAGAACUAAGCUCGCACGAGGAAAAUAUUAUUAGCAGUCCAAAGGCUGGGAAGGAAGAUGAAUCAGACAAUGUAGUCUCUCAAGCCAUGGAUGAUAUCAGAGAAGCUGUAAACGUCGAACUGAAGAAGAAAGAAGACUUGUUAUCAGACGAUGAACUGGAAAGAGAACUAGAGCUUGAUGACUUAUCUUCUCUUGCAAGCGGAGAAGAAAUAGACGAUGAUGAUUUAAUGCUAGAGCUUGAAGAAAUGAUUAACUCUUAGUGACUGAUUGUAGGUAAUUUCCAAUAAACAUAUUCAUCCCACAUUGAACGAGGCAAAACGUUUAGUCCAAAGUUAGAGUAGGGUCUUCCAAGCAGCUCAUUUCCCAUAGGCCAAUCAACCAACUUAAUUCCUUAUCUGAGCGGCAACUAUUGUCAUCUUGUCAUUUAUUGUCGAAUUUUCCUUCAUUACCUACGUGCUCCUUCCUCUUUUGAAAUAUAGUCAAAAUACUCUACCUGCGUCCUUAGCCUCUCUUUGAUGUGAGUAUACAAGGUCUGUUCCUUGACGCAAUAUCUUCAAAGUGUUUCGGUUUCUGAUUUUGCUCAGUAUGCGAUCUGCAACAAAGAACUCUUUUACAACAGUCAAUAGGAAGCAUACGAUAGUUCUCCAUGUUAGUAGUUAACAAAGUUAGAUCUGAUUUUUGGUAUUUUGGCUUUUUGAUGUCGCUGGUCGUCGGCUUGUUUGUUUUCAAUGUUUUCGGGUCAACUUCCUUUUUUUCAUAAUGCAGCUUUGAAGUUUCUUCCCCCUUUGCAAUAUUCACUCUUUAAUAUAAUAUAUAACUUAUUACUUACAAAACAUCUAUAGAACUCAGUGAAUUAUGCAGGUCUGAGUUUUUAUCGAGUCUCAAGGUUUCCAUCGUUUUUCAAUCAGUCUCUUGGCCAUAAUGUCAUAAUCCUACUUUGCAGUCAUAGUUUCAAUUUCUCAUUUGCUUUGCAAUACCUUUUGACAAAGACAGAACAAAAGUUUUGAUAUGCCUUAAGUUAGAAUAACAUGCAAUCGUCAGUUUUUAUUGAUUAACAUGAAACAUUCCAUUGUUCUGUCUUGUAUAUGUUUUCUUUGGGAUAAUUUACGGACUGUGACCUGCUUGAUGGGAAUGGCAAUACGCACUUUUGUCUUUCUCUGAGGCGAUGUCAGGCUUCAGACCCAUUUCACUAGUUCUCUGAUCCAGUUUCAAAUCCUUAUUGUCAUAUCUCAGAGGGAAUCUUUCCAAACAACCUCCUUUAAAAGAGCAUUUAUUCUUCUCUUUCACUUGUUGCUGUAGCCAAUACAUUUGACAAUCAGCCUUAGUAGUUUGACGCUUUCACUUUUUCGAAUCUUCAACCACUCUUUUCAAAACAUGGUUGUAUUUUGUGGAUGCCUGAGAAAAGGCCUUUACGGGUAGAACAAAGUCCUGAGCUGUAAAUAUUUAAGAAUGGAUUGCUACUUCGUCGAUUUUGCCAGAAUCAGUCAUAUAGGAUAGCAUGUAAUUAAUAUAUAGGUGUAGUGUUAUGGUAACAGUUCGUAGGAAUUGUGGCCUAACUAAUCGCAACUCCAUCUACUUCGGUUAAUAAUGUAUUCACGGGCUGGGAAUCAUAAUGCAUAGAUUAACAGAAUAACAGGCACGUCCAAGCCAGCGGUUUGAUUUGCCAUAUUCUACAAUUCAGAGACAACUGUAUAAUGAGUAAAUCCAGUCUUAACAUUACUUUGGCAGAAUGUUUUGUACAGAAAUGAUGCCUUGGCGUUAUCAAUGUAUUUUUAAUUUCACUUGUAACAAUAGCUUGUAAAUACGUUUGUAAAAAUUGGCGUUUUGUGGCUGGAAAACUUUGUAUUUUGUGAUUAUACGCAGGCAGUAUUAUAAACGAGGCAACAGUGUGAUAGAAUUGUAAACGAGGUGGUAGUGUGAUGCUACAGAAACUUAUAUGUACCUGUUUUGUUCUCGUGUUGUACUAGGAAUUUGUUAGAAUUUACCACUGACGAAUAAAAUGUUGUUAAUUAGU